UACUACCUACCUACUUAGUAAAUGUAAACUUUGUGAAAAAGUACUAUUCGACUGAUUCUGAUUGUUAUUUUCUCGUAAAAAUGAGCGCCGAAGUCGCUCAGAAUCCUAGUAGAAACUUUAAAUACUCCUUUCCAACAUGUAGCAACGAGGAUAUCCUGUUCAAACUGGAAAUACCUGUAGAAAUCCCUUACGCCGGCUGUACAAGAGAGCUGGUACAGAGGGUCAUCAAUAUGUUCCAUAUUCCUGUAUAUUUGGAAGAUGACUUAAAUGAAAAACUAGCAGAUUUUGUAACAUCAGAAACAAAAAACUUCCACAAUGAAAGAGAUGCAAAACUGAUCAACCAGUUGAAGAAUAGUGAGCUGAAUGUGGACGGGAUUGUCAAGAACUGGGAGAGGAUGUUUAAGGAGAAUGUCAUGGAGUUUGCAGAACAGAAGGGGACCUCCGAUGAAGAGGUAUUUGCAGCAGCGUAUCACAAACUGGUCCACUCGCCUGCUCUGGAGACCAUACUGCAAGUGGAGAAUUCAUACGCCAAGACAGUGUCCAGCAUGCUGAAGAACAUGGAUGAGGAUGUCCAGAAGAUUACUGAGAGACAGCAAGCGGAAAUGGAAGAGAAUAUGCGUCUGCUGAACAGCACAGUGACAGAAGAUGACAUCAACGAGCUGGCGGCGCGGCACUUCGAGGAGCAGUCGCUGGUGAGCGGCCGCUGGGGCUCGCAGCUCGACGCGCUGCGGCAGACGCAGCGCAGCCAACACCGCGCCUGGCUCAUGGCCAGCCUCGACCACUACUCCAACACCACCGGCAGCAACUCCCCGCUGAGCCCGCUGGAUGCGCGGCAGCUGCAGCCGGCCGCGGCCGCGCGUCCGCCGCCGCCGCCGCCGCCGCGGCUGGAGGAGAGCUUCACCAUCCACCUCGGCUCGCAGCUGAAGCAGACGCACAACGUCAGGAUCGUCGCCAUGGACCUGCUGGACCUCUGCAGGCUGCAGCCCGACAACCCCGCAGAAGACAUGCGCCGCCUGCAGACCUCGCUGGGGCUGUACUCGUCGCAGCUGUCGGGCGCCGUGCUGCUGAGCGCGGGGCCGCCGGCCGCGCUGCAGCGCGCCGCCGCCGCCGCGCCCGAACACCACUUCGCGUCGCUCGAUCUACAGCUCAAGGAAAUCGCCGAGAAGGUUAAGGAGCCGGCGGAAAAACGCAACGAGCAGCGUUCGAAAGACGCCCGUCGCUCGCGGCACGCGCUGCAGACGGGCGACGUAUUCGUGACGCGCCACAGCAACCUCGCAGACGUCCAUGUCGUGUUCCACCUCGUGGCUGAUGAAGACGCGCUGGCGGGCGACAUCUCGUCCCGGCACGCGGUGAUCCUGGGGCUGCGCAACAUCCUGAAGGCGGCCUGCGCACACGACGUCACCACCAUCUCCCUGCCGCUGCUGCUCAGGCACGACCUGUCGGAGGAAACCACAGCGGCGUGGUGCGCGCGACGCGCGGAGCUCGUGCUGAAGUGCGUGAAGGGGUUCGUGCUCGAGGCCUUCGGGUGGGGCGGCGCUAGACCCGCCACGCUGCAGGUGGCGGCGCCCCCCAACACGCAGCCGCAGGUGUUCGCGCAGCUGGCGCAGCUGCUGCCCACCAUCUUCAGAGUCUCCGCUCCGGUCAAGGCCAAACAACCCGCGGCUCAAUGACGUUAUUGUCGACCGUCGAUGACUAAGACGAAGAGAGCUAUAUAAACGGCGGACGAGUGUAACCAAAUGAGAUAAGAUUUCCAAACAACUUUCUGUCUGGCUUCUUGUGUUUGUACAUCUCUUUCUUGUAUGUGCGAAAUGGAAGAUAUAACGGGGUCCAUAGCAUUCUUUGUCUACUGUUAGAUGAGAUACUAGACAUAAAUCUACAUACCCCCGUCGUAUCUUUCACGCUCAUUAUUUUACUAAUACAUAGAAUUAACACAUAGAAGUGUGUUGUCGUCGCGUCGCAAUACCGCCUUGUGAUUGGCUGACUGGCUCUCACUGCGUUUUGCAACCUCACGUUACGGCCUCUAUUAGUAUUUCUGAGGGAUUUCAACGAGAAUAAAAUGUAGGUUGGUCUAUUAAAUAUAGGAUCAAAAUGAAAUAACUGAAAUUCUAUCACAUAUUUAUUUAAAAAAUUAAAACUAAUCAUAUAAUCAAAAUAGCGAAUUCAAACCUUAUCUAUAUUCAUUCAUUUGAUGCCUGUCAAUAUUUAUAUCUAAAAUACGUUAAAAUUGUUGCAACAACAUUAUUUGUCUUUUGUUCCCAUUCACUAAAAUAUAUCAUCGCAAUACUUGUGCUAUUUGCACCACAAGGUAAAACAUAAUAUGUACUCUAUACAUUAUUAUAAUAAACAUAGGAAACGUCAGACAGAAUUACAAAAUAAUAAAUUGUAAGAAUAAUUAAAAAAUAUAAACCACGACGGCCACGCACUCAAAUACCCGAGACUUGUGAGACAUUCGUGUUAUAAUUAAUAAGCGAUUGAAACACAACAUGCUUAAUAUAAUGAAAUUGUGUACGAUUUUAUACCAACUGCCCAAUAAGAUAGUAGUUUCUGUGUGUGACUAUCAAAUAUAUUUAAUCGUCUUCGCAGACUUGCGAAAUCUAUCCAUUUUGCUUGGCAAUUGGUCACAGAUCCAAUAACUAAUACACGAAUUGGCAAAUUUGGGCGCACAGUGACGAAGUCAUGGAAUAAUAACCUCAAAAAACUGAAAAUGAAUGAAUCAUAAAGAAACAUAUUGCCCUUCGCCUGAUGUUAUUAUUCCAAGACCAUCUCAAUAUUAAAAUAUUUUUAAGAGCCUCUGUUAUGAUAUUAUACACCAAUAAGCGUCAUACAUUUGCUAAGUAAUAAGACUAAACAAGUCAAUUAAUGCAAAAAUAUUUCAAUAUCAUGAUAUCGUAAUUGUUCUAAGAUAUGAGUCUGUUCAUCAUUGGAGAAAUCAUCACAUGAUUGUCUCUUAUUGCACGAUGAACCAUAGAUAAGUUACAUUAAAAUUGGGUAUAUUAAAAAUUUUGGAAAAUAUAUCCAUAAAAGUUAUCUUAUUACAAAACAAUAAACACUCCGGGAGCCCUUCACCCACGCAAAAUUAUAAGUUACUGACAACUAGAAAAUGCCAUUCAAGCACCAUGAAGCACAUCUUAAUAUGGGAGGGUAAUCAUUUUAGCAAAUGUUAAGCUAAACACUUAGACAUCGUUUUGUAGUAAGACAAGUUUAUUGCGAAGCUUAAGAAAAAUCUGUUAUAAAAUAUGAAUUGUUAAAUUCCAUUUUUAUAAACAUUGCUUUAUGCUUUAAAGUACUUCAUAAAGUUACUUUUGUACUGAUAAACUAAUGCUUACGCGUCAAAUAUAAGUUGGCAUGAAGAAAAUGAAAUCAAUAAAGAAGAUUCAAAAAUAUCUAACUUCGAAUGUAGUGUACAAGUACAGUUAUAAUGUUAUUAGGUCCUAAACACAUCAAAAUCUAAAAUUUUGAUGCAAUGCAAAGUCAUCCAUGUUUAUUUCAUACAGAAAUCCGAUAUCAAGACUUGUCUAUGUAGGAGAGAGAACAUUUUGAAUGCCAACUUAUAUUUGAUAAGUAAUACAUUCCAAUACUUAAAACAAAAAAGCGCUGAGUUGCAUAAACUGUAUUUGUAAUGAAUGCAACAUAAUUAGUUUUGACACUACGAACGAGUUUCUGCAACUAAGCGCAAGAAAAAAAUUAAUUAAAUCAUGAUAAUAAUAAGAACUAAAAUGGAACACAAGCUAAAGCUAUCUAAAAACGAUUGUACUAAAAUACUUCAGUGUAUUCGUGAUAUUUGGGAACUAAAAAAUGAGAACUAUAGGCUAUUUGACUAAGAUUUGUAAAUAUUUCUGUAAUAGCAAAUAUAAUAAAUGAAACAUGAAAAUAGUAGCCAACGACAGGCUUGUAGCAAGAACUUUGUUCGUCACUACAUUCCAUAAAUGCCAAAGGAUAAUAAUUACAUAUUUUUAUAAUGUUCUAAACUUUAAAUCUUUAUACAAAGAAUUCAAACCUUUAUUUUCAAACAUGUAUCUAUUUUAACAUGAUUUUGUGUUUAAGACCUUGUCAAGUAGCCUAUUGUCUCUACCAGUAGUAUGAAUUUAUUAUCAAUCUCGAUAGCGCCUUUAUGCACCUGAAAACAAAAUGGCGGAUGUUGAAAUUCGAAGCGUAUUUUUUUGUUUUAUUUAGGUAGUAUAUUAAUUUAUAUCCCACAGACAAACUAUACUAAUUGAAUAUGUAUAUAUAAGUGAA